AUGUGAAUAUUUUUCGAGAGGCCUAAACUUGUUAUGUCGUUUGCUUCUGGAACCUUCAUUUCUCUAUUGCCCUCCACCGACUUGUCUUCACCGCCCGUAGACAUACAGCGUAGAUGUCUCACCGGAAACGGCAACGGAACGGAAGCAGCGGCCGCCUCUCUUCCAUCGACGGUGCUCUUGCAGAUGAGUCCUCCUCUCCUCCUGCCGCCAUGCCAGGUAGCUUCAACGACCCCGUCACCGCGGACGUCACCCUCCGCCUCGAGUUUUACGACGACCUAAUACCCGAUCUGGACGCUCCCAUCCCCUUCCUCGACCUUUCCGUUCGGUCGGACGCCCUCCGCCGCUCCCACUAUUUUUCUUGCCUUCUCUCCGACCGCUGGAAGCAACCUGACGGCUCCUCCGACGAGUUUCCUGUCCGAUUGACGCUCAAGAUCUCCCGGGACGACGAUCUCCGCCGCCGUGGCCCAUUCCACGCCCACGUCGCCGUCCUCCGGCUUCUGCACACGCUGGAUUUCUCCGGAUCGAUCGCCUCCGUUUCCGACGCGCUGGACAUGAUUCCGGUCGCGUUGGAGCUCGUCUUCAACGAUUGCGUCCGGGCUUGCGUCCGGUUUCUGGAGGCUGUGCCGUGGACUGAGGAUGAGGAAGAAAGGGUCCUCAAGUUGAUGCCUUUUCUUGGUAAAGAGGAGUCCGAGGAGCUCCUUUCCAGGGUUCUUCCCGUGGUGUCAGCUUCUAGGGAAUGCGAUAGCAUACCGGAGUCUAUGCUCCGUGGGUUGAUUGAUACUGCGAUCCGCCGGAAUCUGAAUGGGGCGACCGUGAAGGCCUUUGUGGCGAGGAUUCUGAAGGAUUUCCCAUCUCGGGAAUUGGUGGAGAAGGUGCUGGGCCAGGCAUUCUUGUCGAGCUUGGAGAGGGUAAAAGACUACAUGGGGAAGUAUGCCAGCCCUGAAGUCAGGAUCGCCGAGAAUAGUAAUGAAAGAGAAGCCAUCCAGAAGGUGAACUUGCACGCCGUGCUGGUCAAUGUGAAGCAUCUACAUUGGCUGAUUGAUAGGAUUAUGGAGCUGAGGGUCGCAGACAAGGUAGUCAGGGAGUGGAGUGAGCAGGAGGCCCUGGCAGCUGACUUGAUAAAGACCUUCAGGGAUGAUACUUGGAAAAAUAUUGUGCCUGGAUUGGCUUUUUUGGUCACAAGGUGCAGCUACCGCCUGGCUGAUGCUGUUGCUUCUGGCAUUACUUUGGCUCCUCAACAGGUGAGAAUGAGACUUGUGAAGACCUGGCUUCCUGUGUUAAAUGUGCUCAAGGAUAUAUUUUUACAAGAACACCCUGUCGGUUAUAUCUUUCGAAAUGAGAGUGUUGGUGAUAAAACACUAUACCUUGACCUUGAGGAAACAUUCCUAAAGAUUAUAUCCACGUUGCCACUCUCCAGUGCUCAGGAACUGCUGCAGCAGUGUCUGUGCUUCUCCACUCGCAAUCUUGACGACUGCCCCCACUUGACAUCUGCAUUCAGAACAUGGUUCAGGCGUGCUAAUAGAUCUCCACUUGAUUUAAGAAAUAUUUCAUAGAAGCUGCCAGGACAUUGUUGUUAUCAGGAACGAAGAUGAGGAGAGGAUCUGCCAAGUACCAUGCUGUAGCUUUGCACUGGAUCCAAUGGGCCAUAAUAACUAAUUUUCAACGGUUGGGAUUUGCUGCUGCUGACAUCUGCAAAGUGUAACGCUUGCAAGCAGACUUCGAACUGUUCUCAAUGUUUUUUUUUUUUUUAUCUUAUAAUCUAGCUUGCCCAAGUUUCGUUCGAAUAAUCCUGAAGUUAGUUUUCAUCCAUCGGUAAAUUCGGAGCACAAUUUAUACACAUUUACUUUAGCCCGAUCUCUAAAAUAUCCGUUGUCCCAACUGGGGUUAUCUUGACUACAAAUAAAUUCGUUAUCCUUAUAGCUUGUGUGUUAAUGAUAUAAUAAAUAGAUCGAUAAUUAUUAUUUCCA